UUAUGAAGCCAAAGGAGGAACACAGCACACUUCCAUGUUUAUGACGGCGCUAGUGGUGCGCGUGAUCCAGAGUUUUACCGCAGAUCAGUCGGAAACCGCUGUGGUCAAAGAGUCUGACGAGCAGCAGGUGAAAACUUCUAACGGGCAAAUCACAGAAGCUAACGCUAUCCGCGCUUAUGAAUCAGCAGUCGCCACCGCAAGUGACUUUCUGUCCAAGUUCUUCCGAAAAGCAAGCACUAAGCAAGAAGGCGAAGUUUCUAUCAAGGAAAUCUUCAUGAACUUUCUGGAAGACCUAUUAAGCCUGCUCAACAUCCCCGAAUGGCCUGCAGCUGAUAUGCUACUUUCUCGUAUGGUGCUGAUCAUGUUCGAUACGUUAUCGGGUACUAAAGUCGACGCCAUGGCGCGAGGGUUUGCGUUGGACUGCAUCGGAACCAUUGCUAAGCAACUCAAAGCACAGACAGAUGGGGUCUCAGUGGCGGCGCUUAUGGAGAUUAUCCGUGAACGACAGGCCACUUCAGAGUCUACGGAAGACGAGUUAGCGCACUGUGUGUGCGGUAAGGGAUACUCAGGUGAAUUUAUGUUGGAAUGUGACGGCGGCUGCCGCAAAUGGUACCACGGCUCGUGCGUAGGCGUUCCCCCAACCUACUCAGGGGAGUGGCUGUGCAAAGUGUGCACAGAUCAUCAGAAUGCCACAGACCACGCCACCAAUGACAUACGAUCAAAGGAAAGCUUUCAGCUGCAAACGUAUCUCUCUGUGUAUCUGAAGGGAACACACACCGAUGCAACGGUGGUGGACCAGAAUUCGCGCAACGCACGCAAUUUCUACCACGCACAGUGGGUAGUUGCGGUGAAGAAGGAUUCCGCUCUCCUGGAGAAGUUCACCCGGGCCGAAAUGGAAUUCCUUACUGAAUCUGUCAAGCGUCGCAAUGAACUAUGUACUGUUUGGUCCACAAAGAGCGCUCCAGACGAAAUAACAACGAACGAGAGUCCCCUCAAUCGAUAUCUGGCGUUGAGGGCGGUGCGAUGUCUGUCGGAUGUGUCGAGUUUGUCCCUGUACCGUUAUACUGAAUUGAUUAUACGUAGAGUGCUGAACGAGUGCCUGGGAAGCACCAUUAUAAUGCGCUCCAAGGCUAUGAAGCAGUUGAAUGGCAUUAUCACGGCGGAUCCCGAGCUAUUGGAGACCAAGGCUGUUGCUGACACUGUGAUGGGCAGAUUACGCGACAAACAGCCCUCCGUAAGAGAAGCCGCUGUAGAACUGGUCGGGCGUUUUAUGAUAUCCAACCCAGAAUACACCAACAGAUACUAUCCUGAGGUCAUCACACGACUAGAGGACACCGGUAAAAGUGUGCGCAAAACUGUCAUCAAAAUUCUGAGCGAGGUUUGUGAGGCUCAGCCGAAUAACCCAGAGAUCCCGGCUAUCUGCACGUCUAUGCUGCGCCGAGUGAGUGACGAAUCUGACAACAUUCGACAACUGGUUCAGAGGACAUUUGAGAAGAUAUGGUUUUCACCACUGCCAAAGGCUAAGGAGGGUUCCAGUGCCUUCGAAGUAGAGCGAGAACGCCGCGUGAGCUUGAUCAAAGGGGUGGUCAGAUCAAUACGUGUGAACAACAGUUCCUCCGAGUGGAUGUACGACCUAGUCAAGAACGCGGCUGACAAUGACACCGAUGAUGACAUUCUGCAUCUCUAUCAAGCCCUGAUACACUGUUUAAAGGAGCGCGUGUUGGAGGUGGAGGCAAAGAUAGCGUCAGCAGCGCCCGAUACGAAGAAGUUACUGAACGACGAUCUAUUGGAUACGCUGCUGACCAUGCUGCUGUUCACCCAGGCCAUUCCCUCCAUCAUCGUUCCCCACAUGCCAGUACUGAGUGUGUACUUGGACGAGAUACCAGAGCGGGUUCUGGUAAUACACAACGUGUGCCUGCUGUUGGAAAUGGGCUACAAUGUGCUAGACUCUCCCGACUCAAAGCUUGUGGCAUCCGACGAGGCCAAACUGAGAGAAUUGCUCAUCAACAAGCCAUGGAUGGCCCACACCCAGCUAAUUUUGACAAGUGCCUCCAAAUGUCUAUGUACUGUGACCGCUUUGGUGACGAAGAACUACACGAGCUUGGUAGAUACUGUCCGCAAAUUCUACGCCUUCGUGAAGAAACAACAAAUUAUGUGCGAAAAGACCAAAAAAAUAGAUCCGCGGGCGGUAUCUACUUUGAACAGAGCCAUGUUUAUCCUUGGCAUGCUGGUUCGGUUCUUCGAUUUUGAUGGACCUGAAAUCAUUGAACAAUAUAUGUCACAGGCCGAGCCUGUCGCACCGACUAUCCUGUGCCCGGGAAAGGCUAAGGACUCAGUCUUCGACGUUCUAAUGUUCUUCGCCUCUGGCCAAACUCAAGUUCGCGCAACAAGCCUCAACGCUUUAGGCAGCGUAUUUGUGCGUUAUCCAGCACUAAUGGCCAAACAGGUCACGGAGCAACUGUACGCAAAGUAUCUGGACACCACACUUGCGGGUGAUCUGGAUGCACGCGUGUUGCAGAAUCUCAAGCUGGUACUAGAGGAGGAGGAGCAACGCUUACAUGCGCUAAAUGCUACAGGCCAAACUAGCGAGGAGGGUGGUGAUGUGAUGGGAGCUUACAUGGACGGCGACGCGACGGCCCUUACCGGCGCGUUACAGGCCUUGCUACCGAAUGUACUCAACACAUUCUUCUCGCCCGUGCCCAAGACCCGUCUUGUGGCACUGCACGUCGUUGGACUGUGUCUUAGACAAGGACUGGUACAUCCAAUGAAGUGUAUAGCGCAUAUCAUAGCUUUAGAAGCGGACAGCGAGAAGAUGAUUCAAAGCAAAUCACAGGAACUGCUCAAAGAUCAGAUGGACAAACAUAAGGGAUUCGUCAUCCCAUCCAUCUCCGAUGGUGUUAGGCACUCUUACCGCAUGCGGUGUACCCUCAACAACACCAAGGAUGUGCGUGGCUAUAUAAAGGAUGGCAAGCAACAGUUCAGUACCAUGACGCGGACAUACGCUCUGGUGACCGCCAGCGGUGUUGCCAACAGACGUGCCAUGAUCCGCGAAAUGCUGAGGGUAUUUGACGAUAAUAUCUUGAUAUUGUCUGAAGAUUACUCGCUUACUAAUAGCCAACCCCAGACCAAGACCAAGCCGCGAAUACUUGAUACCACCGAACACACCAUCGAGCACAACACCAUGCAGUACCUGAUGUAUCUCGGGGAGACCAUCACAUACCUUCCGUUCACCCACGAAGAUGAACCCUUGGCUGUGUGGCGUGCCAUGGAGGAUAUAGUGUCUGUGCGUUUACACUACGCUGUCAGGACCGUCAAGCACGUGUUGGGCAUUGGGUCGAAGCCCGAGUCUGCGCCGAAGUCAGGCCGCGAACGGGCGGCUGAUGUUUCAUCAGGUGACACACAGUGGCGAGACGACAAUAGCACACCACACGAGGAACACGAACAGCUGCAUGCGCACGAACAAUCACCACAACACGUGGAGACACACACCGCCAACGACCACACCGACGAUCACUUGGAGAUCGACUCUCUGGCACUCUCUGCAGAGGAGUUUGCGCAGGCGUUGGGAGUGGAUCCAGUGAGACUGGGGGUAAGCCUGGGUGCGGAUGCGGAUGCGGAUGCGGAUGCGGAUGCGGAUGCGGAUGCGGAUGCGGAUGCGGAUGCGGAUAGUAAGGAUGCAAAUGAACAAUUGACGAUGAAUGGUAGUACAAAGACCGGCACGCCCGACACGAGAAAAGCGAAUGGCGAUGGAUUUGCUAUGCCUGCGCCUAUUGCACCCCAAACCACUUUAGUUGACGAGACUCCCGUGAGCGAUCGCGUGCGACACCUGGCUCGUUUAUGCGGACCGCUUGUGCAGCUAUGUAUACUUUACCAUACACAGGAAGCAUUACAACUCUCGUACAUACUCUCGGGAGAAGGAUAUGUCCGCCGGUCCACCCUACCCAGAGAUAGAAUGCAGAAUAAGAAACAGGACAAAGUGCCCGAAAAGACUCUUGUGGUGCGUACACCUUUCAGCGAGACAGAAAAGGGUGUGCGAGCAAUUAUGGGAGAUGUCGCGGGCGCGGGAGUGAGCACCGAUGUUAAGCACCUGUGGAAAUGGUACUCCCGCUUCCAGGAUGUAGUAGCUGCAUGCUCAGUAACGCGCGAUCCAGUCUCCAUCUCCAGCGAUAGCGAACUCGAAAACGAAUACGCACUCGCAGGAAAUGCACCCAACAAUUUUACUAAGCACGGUGUAGAUACAGACGUACAUGAACACCCGAAUACACCCAAGCAGCACAGCACACACGCAUCCCGAAGGAACAGUCAGACUAAGUCACAGGGACGAAGCGGUGGGAGCCGUAAUAGUACUGACCGCAAACGCAGUGGGGGACAACCACUGGUCAGAAGGAGGUCAACCCGUGAGCAUUCAGACACAAACUACGGAGAGGAGCAUGAUCUGACAGGUUCUGAAGAGGACUCCGGAGACUCGUAUAGCCCAACACAAAGCGGCAGACGACGAAGUAAACUCACUCCUGCACGUAGACGAUCGAGAUCGCGAGAUGACAGUCCUGACUACCACCCAAAUGCUCACUAGCCAUAUAGCCUCGUAUGUGCAAUUGAAAGGACGCGCAUUGUAUUUUCUCGUAUUGAUGCUAAGAAUAUAUCAUUAGUCCGGAUUUAGAUCAAUCUGGGACGGCAGAGAUACCGGAUUGGGGAUGUAGUGGUGAAUCAUAUUAGCGCGCUGUGGUUAUCUUAAGUCGCUAUCCUUCCGUAAGCAUCCCGUUUGCAAUGGCCACUUUCCAUGCCGAUGUAUAUCAUUUCAAAGUGUCCGCAAUUGAAUUCAAACCGUCUCAAAAAUUGUUCAGUAACUGACGUUACUGAGUGUGUGACAACACCCACGCGAACUAUGAGCGAGGAAUCCGGCUUGUUGCUGUUCGUAUAGUAUUCGCAAUCAAAUAUUAUGGGCCCCGCAUGGCAAGCCCUCAAUAUGGGUUCUAAGGCACCUGUUCACUCGCAAGAGCUUUACUAUUACUUACAUACAAGUUAUUGAUUUCAGAGGCCAGCCACUUACAAUGGUGGCAUUGUAGACUCGAUGGAUCUCUGGUUGAGCGAGAGAUGCCCGCUCACCUUUGCUUGACACUUCAACAUGCCACUCCGUUUGAUCAGUACAUAGAAGCGUGCUUCUGCUAAGUUGAAUGUGUAUACCUACAUUGCAGGUAGCAGCACGUAUCCUGAGAAUUGCACAAUGCAACAAAUAUGAACACGGCGCCACUUGAUAUCCACCGUCGCAACCAGAAAUUUAUCAGAAUAUUUGAGAGCUAAUAUUUCAGUUCUAGUCUAUCAGUUCCGGACAUGUACGGUUCGGCAUUGAGUGAAGGCCUCAUAUUAAGUGUCAGUGUGGAAUACAUGCCAAUAUGUGCGUUUCGAAUGGCCAACCACAUUUUCACCUUUCCGACUUACUGCCAUUGUGCUGCUGAUUGGCAUCAUAAGCUUAUAGACCGAUUUGUAAUCGCCAAUAAAGCGCCGCUGCUCAAAAUCGAUCGUGACUCGCAUACUCUGAUUGUUCUUAGAGACUGCACAAUUCGUUUUUAAAUUGAUAUGCUGUCUACUCUUCUGUUAUUAUAGUGUAUUUGAGAUAACACUUCAAGGAAUUGACGUUUCGAUUAUUGUUACAUUCAUCCAUCAACUGUGACUUUCUCGUGGCAAUCUACAUACCUUUUUACCGUUUUGCUCAAAGUUGUUUAGUGUUGCCGUUCCCCACAGAAUACUUUGUGGACCAUAACCAGGCGGGUGAGUAACACAGGUUAGGAGAGACCUGGACUUGUUUCAAUGGUUUACGAGAAUAAUUCUAAUUUCGACCAUCACUUCCUCGCAGGUUCCAGGAAAUACUAUUUUCACAGUCACCUUUCACUUAUUUGCCUAUAUUUACAUCUCGCUUAGCUCGGAAGUGCGAGCGCUCCGGUUGAUGUAGAUUGUUCAAUGCACACUUCAGUUUCGACGAUUCCAUUUUUUUACUAGUAGCGAUGAUUUAUAAGCGCUAGGACUACGAUCGGUUUCGCUGAUAGGGACAUAUGCCAAGUUAGCUCAAAAUCGUCAAAAUACUACAAAUCAGUUGCGUUGUGUAGUAAUGCAUCUUGUAUGAAUUGGAAAUCUGUUUCGCCGGCGUAGAGUGCCCAGGAUCUACAUUGGAUAAUAAACAUUGAUUUGUCCGAUCAUAAUCGUUUCUCGAUACGAACGUGCGAGAAUACGUUAUGUUACACUUAGAAUCGGUCGAGAAUGGUCAC